UAAAGUAAUCUAUCUCGUGUGGAAUGUAGAACACAUACUAAACGAAGUAAAUACAGAGGUGCAUGUAUGUAAUACAAGAUUCUCUAUGUAUAUAUUUUUGUAUACACGAUUUUGUAAAACAACGUUUGUUGAUGUUUGUAAAUCCAUAUUACACGUUGAUGUUCCGAGUUAAACGUGAAUCAAAACAAGCGAUGCUGAAGAAGAUCGCGGACCAUUCUAUUUCGUUCAUGAUUUACCAAUCUCAAACACCACGGAAUUCCGAAUCUUGUCGUUCUUUUCUUUUAUCUCGUUCGCCAAAUCGCCAGUGAAAACAAUCGUCGUCUUCAAUCUGCAACUGUUUCUAGGAAGAUUAAGUUGUUGAGCUUCCGAAAUGUUUUUUAAGAAGAUGAUCUAAGACAACUUGAAAAUCAUUUUUCAUUUUCAACAUUUACGCUACAUUGGGAAUGUCAGAAUGUUUAACUCAACCUGUAUUUGGCGAUAAUAAGUGUGUAUUUUGUAGCAUACGAAUAUACGAAUUCAAAAAUUUGCGAUAGGAAAUGUCUUACAGUGAUGGCGGGCGUCCAAUUCGGAAGUACGGCACAAAGUCGCCGAAAAAGUUAUGCGUGACGAAGAAUGAGAAUAGUGAUAAAACAACAACAACCAUUAACUGCAAUAAUCAUCACCAUAAUCAUUACCAUCAUAAUCAUCGCUUUCUCGACACCCCUCAGCCGUCAGUACACAAACGUAAUCUCUAUAUUGUUUCUUUUCCUUUGAUACUGCUGUUCAAUGUUCUGAGGACACUUCUUUAUCAGUUAUUUGUGGUAUUUAAGUACUUAUAUACAUCUACAUCUCAGCUGAUUCAACGAAGACAAGCUUGCAAGCAGACCUGCCAGCUAGAGAUCGUAGUUGGUCAAAAAUCUAGUGAAAAUUUAAAUAAUAAUUUAAAUAAUACUGGGCAAACUGAAAACGAGGGAAUGUCGCAAGUGCCUAGAAGGCAGGUUGGUCCUGGCCCUGGAGACCCAUUACUUGCAAAACAAAAACAUCAUCAUCGUAGAGCUUUUGAAUUUAUUAGCAAAGCACUUAAGAUUGACGAAGAUAAUGAAGGCCAGAAAGAAAUGGCAAUUGAACUUUAUAAGAAGGGAAUUGGAGAAUUAGAAAAAGGAAUAGCUAUAGAAUGUAAUGGUGGUCGAGGAGAAGUAUGGGAACAUGCACAAAGACUUCAUGAUAAAAUGCGCACUAAUUUGGCAAUGGCGAAGGAUAGACUUGAUUUUCUUGUGAGUGUGUGUGAGCUGAAAAAACUGGAUAUCUGCAAUGAAUAUCGUGCUCCUGGAAAUAAAAUGGACAACGAACAUCCAGGAAAGAAUCUGAGGGUCCGACGCAAUAUACACACAUUACAAACAACUCGAUCUUCUUUAAAUACAAAUCAUACUAAAAACACAAACAGUACACAAACAGUGAACAUAGGGCAGAAUACAUGUACCCAAAUUCCCAAGUUAAGGCCACGUUCACCAAAAAACUAUUCUGCCCACUCUGAAGCAUCUGGAAGAAAAUUAUCUGUUCCUGGAAAAAGAGUGGGGACAGUUAUAAGCAAAAGUCAAACAUUACCACGCAGCAUGGGACGCUCAACACCAGUACAAUCUUGUCAUAGAGUUACACCUAUUAAACCGUCAUCUACGCCACCUUCUGUAAAAAGACAAUUAUCAGUACCUGGAAAUGGUUCACCCGUUAGGAGACCAGGAACACCAACUACAUCAAAUAGUAAUAGAGGAACACCUACAAGAAAAGUACCUCUUUUAAAAGGUGUAGAUCCAAAACUUGCACAAGUAAUUUUAGAUGAGAUUUUAGAAGGAGGUGCAGCAGUACAUUGGGAGGACAUUGCUGGUCAAGAAACUGCAAAGCAAGCAUUACAAGAGAUUGUUAUCUUGCCUUCAUUAAGACCAGAAUUAUUUACUGGUUUACGAACACCGGCAAGAGGAUUAUUAUUAUUUGGUCCACCAGGAAAUGGAAAGACAUUGCUUGCACGUGCUGUGGCUACCCAGUGCAAUGCUACAUUUUUUUCAAUAUCUGCUGCUAGUCUUACAUCGAAAUAUGUUGGAGAAGGAGAAAAGCUAGUACGAGCUCUUUUUGCUAUAGCGCGAGAAUUACAGCCAUCUGUGAUCUUUGUUGACGAAGUGGAUUCGUUGUUAAGCGAACGUAGAGAUAAUGAACAUGAAGCUUCACGGCGAUUGAAGACGGAAUUUUUAGUUGAAUUUGAUGGUUUGCCAUGUAAUCCAGAAGAAAGGGUAUUAGUUAUGGCUGCUACAAAUAGACCUCAAGAAUUGGAUGAAGCUGCAUUAAGGAGAUUCACAAAGCGAGUAUAUGUUACGUUGCCAGAUUUACGAACAAGAAUUAUGUUACUGAAGCGACUUUUAGCUAAACAUAAUGAUCCGUUAACACCAGAAGAGUUAAAUGAGAUGGCAGUUUUAACCCAGGGCUAUUCUGGAAGCGAUUUAACGGGUUUAGCAAAGGAUGCAGCACUUGGCCCUAUUAGAGAACUUAAUCCAGAUCAAGUAAAGGAAUUGGACCUUAAUUCCGUACGCAAUAUUACAAUGCAAGAUUUUCGUGAUUCGCUUAAAAGAAUUCGUAGAUCAGUGUCACCUGCAAGUUUAGCAGCUUAUGAAAAGUGGAGCUUCGAAUAUGGUGACGUAAGUCUAUGAUUUUUAAGAAUUAGUUGAUGCACAAGGCUGGAAAAUAAGUUACACUAAAAUAUCGGCACAUUCCAAAGAAAAAAAGAAGAAAGGAACUAAUGACGGAAAAUACAACAAAAAUGAUUUUCUGCGAUAUUAAUUAUUACAGAGUGUAAAUAUAUCAGCUUUUACAUUUUCUAAGCUAAUUUAUAAAUGACAUCUAUAUAUAAAAAGAAAAUGUUAUGAUAUUGCAAAAGGCACUCUUGCUAAGUACUGUUUUUUAAAUCAUAUUACAGCAGUAACACUGUAAUAUUACUAGCUUUAUAUUACAUAUAUGAUACAUUCUAUACUCCAUCCAGCAAUCAGGUAUUAUAGAUUUAAGUUUAAGUUGAUAUUACUUCAUACUUAUAUUACUACACUCCAAAGAUGUUGAUAUUAGAAUUCCAAUGUUUGUAGUUAUACUGUCUAUGUAGAUUUUGGUAACUUUUUAUUUCAUAUUUUGGUAAAUCAUGAACAUUAAUUUAUUAUUAUUUACUUUCUUGUUAUACGGUUAUGCGCUAAUAAGUUUAGUAUAAAUUAUUCUAAUAAUGCAAAGAAGAAUAUAAUUCUACAAUUAGCAAUUACAAUAUGCACUUUAUAAUAAAAAGAGUAAUGUAAAUACUUAAUUACCAUUCAAGCACAAUUGAUUUGAAUAAUGUUAGUAGGAAGACUGUAUUUGCAUAUAAAACAGCUCACGUCCAAUCAGAUAAUAAAACAAUUACUGUAAUUGGGUGUAAAGGAUUAACUAUUGCUAUAAUUAUGUUAUCAAAUAAGCAUAAAAAUGAAUAAAUAUCUUGGUUUUACAUAAGCGCGUGCUAAAAGUAAAGUAUGCAGAUAAAAUCAUUUUAGGCACGUGAGUUUUGUAAAAAUAACAAAUUGCAUAUUGUAUAACAUAUUGGGGGAAAAUAUUAUUCAUGUUAUGUUUGGUAACAUUUCAGAUAUUCGUUUGAUAAUUGUUAAAAUGAAAUUAUAUAAUUAAGAUCUCUUAACAGGGGGUAUUAUGCUUAUCAAAAUAUAUAUAAAUUCUUGAUUUGAUGAGAUUUCUAUGAGACAACGAACUGGAAUUAUAUAUUUGAACUUCGUGAAAUUGAAAAUAUUUAUUAUUUAUAGGUAAAUAUUAUCAGUAAAAAAUUAAUGUUAUGAUAAAGGUAUGCUACAAAAGGAAGUUGCAUAUAUAAAAGUUUUUGAUAUUCAUCUACUGCUUCAAAUGCUCAACUAAAAGGUGAUUGUGCUUGUACGAUAUAAUCACUGAUUUAAAAACACAUUUAUUGCAAAACCAUAAUACUAAGCUUCGAUAUUAGUCUGAUAUUGUUUCAAUUUGAAAUUAGUUAAUAAGAACUUCCUAAUUUUACUCGACGUACAUGUAUUUGCUUAUAAGAGAAGCGUGGAGUGGUUAUUUCUUCACGUUGUAACUCGUUACAAUCCUUGCUUUUCAAUAACAAUAAUGCAACGAGUUCGAAGCUUCUCUUGUGUGAUCACUAGUUAAUACUGACCCAUGUAGUAUAGUAUAAUCUAUGCAUAGCAUAUUACGUAAAAUGAUGUUAAAAAUUUCUUUUUAAUUUUUGUCAUGUAAUAAAACAAGGAUUGCCCGUUUCACUUGUUACAAUUUUUAAUAUCAGUUACGACUGAUGCACUGAUAGAAAAAUGGUAAUAGUUGUACAAAGUAUAAAUUUGCACUUGCGCAAAGUUGCGCACCUCUUUAUUAUUGAAUAUACGAACAUAACUAAAGUUACAUAUAAUGUCAAAGUUCAAUCUCAGCAUUAUAUCAAUAUAGAUGUAUUAAGUUCAAUAUGUAUUGCUGAAUGCUGUAUGAAAUGAAUUUUGAUUGAAAAAAUUAUGAACUUGAUGUUAAGUCAAUGUUAAAACCAUUUAUGUUGCAAAAGUAUAAUGUGAACUGUAUUGAAGUUUUGGUUAUAUGUAAAGUUUUUCGGCGUUAAAUAAUUUAUGGUAAGCAUAAGUAAAAUAUUUUUGCCCGAAUUUUAUCGAUGAUCUUGCACAACAGACUGUUAUCAAUAUGGGUAUAUCUCUAUUUACAACCCUGGCCUUCCAUGUUAAAAACACGCUCAGCCUCAAUUAAGUUAUUUUGCUACUUUUAUAAAAACUUGUAAUAGGAAAUUUCUUAAGAAUAUAAGCAAAUAAUAAUGCUAAUAUUAAUUAUUGCUGCGUAAAUUAAAAGUAAUCAAAUGUGAAUUAAUUGUAAGAAAUGUCUGUGCAUGACUGCACGAAUUAUGUUUCCUUAAUUGUAAGUUUCAACCCUCUUUUUCUCGAUAUUACGAAAGGAUAAAAGUUAUUUUGAUAACCGUAUAAAAUUGAUUUUAAGAUAUUUCAAUCCACUUUUAAUAUGCACUAAUAUGCAAUUUUACUAAAAUGAUAAUGAUGUUUGCAAAAUAAGUAGUAACUGAUUUGAUAAAACGUAACAUAAAACUUACAAAACUUAUUUUUAUUUCGUGAAUGAUGUUUUUCAUAGAUCUUUCAAUUAUACUUUAAUUAAAUGCCAAAUCUAUAUUUCUCAACAAUAUCAUAAAUUACGUAAAAAAAUAUGUAGAACAAGGUAGACAGAUUAUAAUUGUAGAUUGCAAAUUAAAAUUUUCGUUGAGCAACUCCUUCUUUUAAUAUAUUAUAUCCUAGUUCGCUUGAUGAAACAAUUAACAAAUACAUAUUUAAUUAUCAUCUAUAUACUCAGUGACAUCAUGCAAUUAAAUAGUAAUUUUCGAAUGUAACUGAAUAGUAUAGCGUCACUUAUUGUACAAAAAUACAAGAUAUCCUACUUAGUAUUUUGCCGCCGUAUGAUCGAGAUCGAGGAACGCAUGUAUUGUGUAAUAAAGUGUACAGUACAAAUUA